GCACUUCCGGGGGCCUCAAGCCGGGCUCUAGAGUCUUCCGGUAGGCGGCGCGGGAGGAGAAAGAGUCUUGAGGGGCAGGGCCGGGCGGAUCCCCUUCUCUCCCAAUGUGAUCAGUGUCCCAAGCCCCCGUCAGGCGAAGGCUGCCCAGAGAGGUGGAGCUGGUGGCCGGGCCGGGAACAUGAGGCAGUGUCUCCUCUUCUUGACCAGCGUGGUUCCUUUCGUGCUGGCGCCGCGACCUCCGGACGAUUCCCCGGAGCGACUCGAAAAGCUUGAUUCUUUACUCUCAGACUACGAUAUCCUCUCUUUAUCCAAUAUCCAACAGCACUCAGUAAGAAAAAGGGAUCUGCGGGCCUCAACACAUUUAGAAACACUACUGACUUUUUCAGCCUUGAAAAGGCAUUUUAAAUUAUACCUGACAUCAAGUACUGAACGUUUUUCCCAAAAUUUCAAAGUCGUGGUGGUAGAUGGUAAAGAUGAAAGUGAGUACACCGUCAAAUGGCAGGAUUUCUUCAGUGGACACGUGGUUGGUGAGCCUGACUCUAGAGUUCUAGCCCACAUAGGAGAUGAUGAUAUUACAAUAAGAAUCAACACAGAUGGGGCAGAAUAUAAUAUAGAGCCACUUUGGAGACUAAUUAAUGAUACUAAAGACAAAAGAAUGUUAGUUUAUAAAUCUGAAGAUAUCAAGAAUGUUUCACGUCUACAGUCUCCAAAAGUGUGUGGUUAUAUAAAGGCGGAUAAUAAAGAGUUGCUUCCAAAUGGGCUGGUAGACAGAGAGCCACCUGAUGUGCAUACAAAUUCAUAUUAGAGCUUGUUCAUCGGGUGAAGAGAAGAGCUGACCCUAAUCCCAUGAAGAACACAUGUAAAUUGUUGGUGGUAGCAGAUCAUCGCUUUUACAGAUACAUGGGCAGAGGGGAAGAGAGUACAACUACAAAUUACUUAAUAGAGCUUAUUGACCGAGUGGACGACAUCUAUCGGAACACUUCAUGGGACAAUGCGGGUUUUAAAGGUUACGGAAUACAGAUAGAGCAGAUCCGCAUUCUCAAGUCUCCACAAGAGGUGAAACCUGGUGAAAGGCACUAUAACAUGGCAAAAAGUUACCCAAAUGAAGAAAAGGAUGCUUGGGAUGUGAAGAUGUUGCUGGAGCAAUUUAGCUUUGAUAUAGCCGAAGAAGCAUCUAAAGUCUGCCUAGCACAUCUUUUCACCUAUCAAGAUUUUGAUAUGGGAACUCUUGGGUUAGCUUAUGUUGGUUCUCCCAGAGCAAACAGUCAUGGAGGCAUUUGCCCAAAGGCUUAUUAUAGUCCAAUUGGAAAGAAGAAUAUCUAUUUGAAUAGUGGAUUGACCAGCACAAAAAAUUAUGGUAAAACCAUCCUUACAAAGGAAGCUGACCUGGUAACAACUCAUGAACUGGGACACAAUUUUGGAGCAGAACAUGAUCCGGAUGGCCUAGCGGAAUGUGCCCCAAAUGAGGAUCAGGGAGGAAAAUAUGUUAUGUAUCCCAUCGCUGUGAGUGGAGAUCAUGAGAACAAUAAGAUGUUUUCAAACUGCAGUAAGCAGUCCAUCUAUAAGACCAUUGAAAGUAAGGCCCAGGAGUGUUUUCAAGAGCGAAGCAACAAAGUGUGUGGGAACUCCAGGGUGGACGAAGGAGAGGAGUGUGACCCGGGCAUCAUGUACCUGCACAAUGACACAUGCUGUGGCAGUGACUGCAUGCUGAGGGCGGGCGUGCAGUGCAGUGACAGGAACAGUCCUUGCUGUAAGAACUGUCAGUUCGAGACUGCCCAGAAGAAGUGCCAAGAGGCUAUCAACGCCACUUGCAAAGGCGUGUCUUACUGCACAGGUAACAGCAGUGAGUGCCCCCCUCCUGGCAAUGCUGCAGAUGACACGGUGUGCUUGGAUCUCGGCAAGUGUAAAGAUGGGAAGUGCGUUCCCUUCUGUGAGCGGGAGCAGCGGCUGGAGUCCUGUGCGUGUAACGAAACCGACAACUCGUGCAAGGUGUGCUGCAGGGACCCCUCGGGCCGGUGUGUGCCCUACGUUGAUGCUGAACAGAAGAACUUAUUCUUGAGGAAAGGGAAGCCCUGUACGGUGGGCUUCUGUGACAUGAAUGGCAAGUGUGAGAAGCGAGUACAGGAUGUCAUCGAGCGAUUUUGGGACUUCAUUGACCAGCUGAGCAUCAAUACUUUUGGAAAGUUCUUAGCGGACAACAUCGUAGGUUCCGUCCUGGUUUUCUCCCUGAUAUUUUGGAUCCCCUUCAGCAUUCUUGUCCAUUGCGUGGAUAAGAAACUGGAUAAGCAGUAUGAGUCUCUGUCUCUGUUCCACCCCAGCAACGUGGAAAUGCUAAGCAGCAUGGACUCGGCCUCGGUUCGCAUCAUCAAGCCCUUUCCUGCACCCCAGACCCCCGGCCGCCCGCAGCCCCUGCAGACCGCCCCUGUGCCGCCGGUACCCGCGGCUCCCAAACUGGAGCCCCAGCGAAUGGACACGAUCCAGGAGGACCCCAGCACAGACUCGCACGUGGACGAGGACGGCUUCGAGAAGGAUCCCUUUCCCAACAGCAGCACCGCCGCCAAGUCCUUUGAGGACCUCACGGGCCGUCCGGUGACAAGAAGCGAGAAGGCCGCCUCCUUCAAGCUGCAGCGUCAGAACCGCGUGGGCAGCAAGGAGACCGAGUGCUAGGCUAGGGCCUCCUGAGCGCGGGCUUUUGGUACGACGGACUCGGAAUCCCGUCGUCCAUUUUGCGAAGAUUUGGGAGAAAUAAGGGACUUCACAGCAGAUGCUGGUCAUGUGUUUGGACUCCUUCACACACAGAAAUACUUGUGUGCUUAGGCCCUUGUCCUUUGGAAGAGGUAAGGUGAAUCUAGCUUAUUUUGAGGCUUUCAGGUUUUAGUUUUUUUGGUUUUUAAAAUACCCUUCAACCUGUGGUGCAAAAGCAGAAAAUACAGCUGGAUUAGGUUAUGAAUAUUUACAUUUUUGUAAAUUGACCUUUUUAUUGAGAAGAGCACUGAUUAAGGAGAUGAUCAGUUUUUUGUUUUGUUUUCUUUUUUUUAUGUACACUGUAACGAUCCGCUAUCAGGAGGCAUUUAGCAGUUACUUGUGAGGAUAACUGGAACACAGAUUUUAUUUUUUUGCCUUCAGGUAAAGACAAAGGAGAGAAAACGGAGUUAUACAUCCUUUCCAAGGUGUGGGUUCUGUUUUUAGGCAUUACCCAGAGCUUUUAGCAGCAGGGAGAAUCACCCAGCUUAUUCCUAAAGAUAGAUGUGCUAA